AUCAUCGACUUUGGCCUGGCUUGCCAGUUUGAGCCCGGCGUGAAGAUGAGCACCAAGGCCGGCACAGCCUACUACGUCGCCCCGGAGGUCCUCAAAGGAGGCUACGACGAAAAGUGCGAUGUGUGGAGUGCCGGGGUGAUCUCCUUUGUUCUCCUGUGCGGCUUUCCACCCUUUGCAGGUGACAAAGACCCGGAGAUCCUGAAGAAGGUCAAGACGGGAACCUUUGAGUUUCGCUCGCCUGAGUGGGAUCCAAUCUCUCAAGGGGCGAAGAACCUCAUAACGCAGAUGCUGACCUUUGAUCCUUCCAUCCGGCCAACCGCCGAGGUCGUGUUGCUCAGUCCGUGGCUCAAGUUCAAGGGCACGCCGAAGCCGGCGCCUCUGAGCAAAGAUUUUGUCACGAGGCUGUCAGGGUUCCGUGCCUUCUCAAAGUUGAAGAAGGUUGCACUGACGGCACUAGCGCAGCAGUUGCCAGAUGAGAAAAUAGAUGGGCUUCAGAAGACCUUUCGGUCAUUGGACAAGAAUGGUGAUGGGACGCUGUCCGUGGAAGAGAUCCGGGAAGCCAUCAUGCAGCAGGGACUCAGUCCUCCAAAAGCCUUGGAGGACAUCCUACAAGCGAUUGACUGCAAUGGCUCUGGUAGUUUGGACUACACGGAGUUCCUUGCGGCUACUCUGGACCAGAAGGUCUACAUGCAGCGGGAUGUUUGUUGGGCAGCCUUUCGAAUCUUUGACCUGGAUGGCGACGGGAAGAUUACAAGAGAGGAGCUCGGCAAGGUGCUGAACGGCAAUUCCGUGCAGGAGCUUUUUGGCGCGAGGAAAAUUGAGAAAAUGAUCGAAGAGGUGGACAAGGAUGGCGAUGGAGCCGUGGACUUCGAGGAGUUCUGCGCAAUGAUGUCGACCAAGGCCUCACGUCCGCAAUCUGCAGCAGAAGCGCCGGCUAAGCGGCAGCGUGUCUCUGCCUAG